AUGCCGCCACGCGUUUCCGUAUUCUCAAGCCUGCGUGCUCUGAAUGGACAUGGCUGCACAGCAUCCCCUUCAACGCAGAUAUGUCGAACUUUUGCCUCGACACCGAUAGACCGGGCCUCGACAGUACAGCAGAAGAGACGACACCGCGACCCUUAUGCACUUGCCCAAGCUCGCGCUCGCAAAGCCGCCAAUAUUUCGCGCCAGCAGGUACUCGAGCAGGAACGCACAGUCGCCCUUGGUGAUCCCGUACGCGGUGUCAGCACUCCUUUCGUCCAGUCAUUCGAGACGGCCAUUGCUCCUACCCCUACUCCUUCUUCCACCAACAACACUCACGCCGCUACUCGCAAUGAAGCUUCCUCGCCAAACCAAUCCCCUCCAGGCCCGAACGCCCAGACCGAGGACUACAGGAACUUCUACCUCACUCAGAAUGAGAUCAGAGAGGCUUCCGUCCGCAGCGAACAGUUGACUGCUGCCGUUACCGAGCAGGAUUUUGUCGAGGCCCAGACCCCGGAAGAGAAGCAACGCAGAGAGCAAGAGCGCCAGCAGAACGAGCAAGAGCGCAAGGAGAGACAUGCCACAGCCACAGAGGCCCUGAAUCGCAUCGUGUCACUGGCCAACGGUUCCUCCAAGGACCGCCUCCGCGUCAACAUCCAGCGCUGCGUCGACACCUUUGGUCGCCACCAGACCGACAAGCAGCUUCCCCCCAAACCUCCGGUCGCCGAGUCGAUACUGCUCAAGAACCCUAGUGCCAAUACACAAAAGACCGAGCGCGCCGGUCCCGACACAGGUAGCAGCGAGGUCCAGAUCGCCAUUCUGACAGCAAAGAUCAAGACAUUGGCCGACUUCCUUGAAAGCAGAGGCAAGCCUGACAAGAUCAACAAGCGCAACCUGACCAUUCUGGUCCACAAGAGACAAAAGCAUCUCCAAUACCUCAGACGGAAAGAGAGAGGUGGUCCGAGGUGGCAGCACCUUAUCGAGACACUUGGUCUGACCGAGGGAACUUGGAAGGGCGAGAUCAGUCUGCGAUAG